AAUGUUGAGUCAUCCAGCAUCUGAUUUUUGGCAUUUGAUUAUUCCUCUUCACAUUCGUCUAAUUUCCUCCCACCCAUCUAUCUCUUUCUCUAGCCCCUUAAGUGCUAACACUCAAACUAAAGUUAUUUUCUUUGUUUUCCAGAGCAGAAUCAAAUGAAUCAAACUGAAAAUGAUAAGCCACAUAGUGGCCAUGAGGAAAAGAAACAGUUAUUCCUUCCCAAUUGGAAAGUACCAGAAUUGCUGUCAUGUCUUGCAAAUGUUAAAAAUGGAGAGUCAACACACCAGUUGCUUUUGAAGGGAACACAUGCCUCUCUCUUCCAUACAGUGCGUUUUGCCAUAAAAUCUAAUAACUGGGAGACUGAAGCAAAAAACAAACAACAUUUGCUACCUCAUGAGUUAUGCAGUGAGUCACAAGAACAUGUAGCAAAGGAAGGUGCUGAUUCACUCACAACAGCAGUGAGAACUGCAAACAAAUUUCUGUCUGCCUGCUUAAAGUGGCUGUCUAAAUCAAAGACAAAGCAUUCUACUGCUAGAGGACACAGAAAACCUAAACACAGCAGGCAGUUGCCAGAGCAUAUGAUUCCUUACGUGCUUUUAAUCAGAAAUUGUCUUCCCUUGUCAACUUCUUCAAUCAAAUCCAAAUGUUCCAAAGGAGAAAUAUUAUGCAGGAUACAGUACUUUACAUUGGGCCUCUGGAAAAAGGAAAAGCCCAAGCCUUUAUCUAAAAUUUCUCCCAUUUCUGAGUUGCAAAAAACUGAAGAAACACAACAUAUCAAAUUCCUCAAUCUGAAAGAUCUGCAGUGGAAACUGUAUAAAGGCAUUGUGAAAAGGAAGCAGAAAGUGACAGCUUCACAGAGAGAAGCAAAUUACAGACCUUUUAGGAUAUUCGAGGAAAAAACAACAAAGGCUGAAUACAUCAUCCCUUUGAUUUCUAAGGACUAAACAGUUGCUUCCUUUCUUCAAGGAGUUUGUGUUGCAGGUCCUGUUUGUGUCAAGUAAAGCCUGAAUUUAAAUGAAUGGAGAAUUACUGCAGUUCAUAGAAAAUGCCAAUAUCUUUGUAGAAAUAAUAAUAAUAAUCCUAGUAGCUUGUAGGAAUUCAUUGUGGAGCCAGGUUCCUAUUGUGCCAGGCACUGUGUAAUUAUAGAAGAA